CAGGGCGCUGGCCUCAAGCAGAUGCGCGAGAUGACGGGCUGCCAGGUCCAGGUGCAGCAGAACGAGGGGCAGACAGAGACGCGCCGCAUGGAUCUGACCGGCCACGCUGGCCAGGUGGCGGCCGCAUUCCAGAUGCUGGCGAACAAGGCGUUCCCAGGCGCCCCGAGCGAGUCGAAGCUUUACGUGCCCGCCGACCGCGUGGGCCAGAUCGUCGGGCGCGGCGGCGAGAACCUGCGGAAGGCCCGAGAGGUCUGCAACGUGCGCGUGCAGGUCGAGCGGGAGCCGGUCGUGGACCCGAGCUCCGGCAAGGAGGAGAGGCUCGUGACCCUGUGCGGGGAGUCGGCCCAGCUGGCCGUGGCGCUCCGGUGCGUGCUGGGCCCAGGA